AUGUCGGUCGAAGCAGGCACAUCGCGUUUGCCCUCUGCGGGGCAGUUCGGGGAGCUGACGGCUUCGAAGCACGUGUCGUUCCUGCUGCGAUGCCUGCGCAUGCUUCCUGCGCCGUACACUUCGGCCGACGACCAGCGCAUGACGCUCGGCUACUUUGCGCUCGCCGGCCUCGACCUGCUGCAUGCCACGCACAAGGUUGCGCUCGACGAGGCACGCGAGCUCGUAGACUGGGUGUACGACCAGCAGGCCCCCGAGGGCGGAUUCCGCGGCUCGCCAAGCACCCCCUUCACACCGGCCACCGCCGGACGAGUGGGCAGCGCGAACAUCGCCAUGACCUACUCGGCGCUGCUCAUCCUUGCCAUCCUGCGCGACGACUAUACGCGCCUCGAUCGCGGCGCACUGCUGCGCUACAUCGCGGCGCUCCAGAGCGCGAGUGGCGGAUUCGCAGCCGAACUACCGCCGAGGGAUAGGGAAGUGAGAGAGGCGGAUACGGAUCCGAGGUUCACCUACUGCGCCGUGGCGGUGUGCGCGAUGCUGGGCGACUUUUCGGGCAUCAACAUCGCGACGGCGACUGCGUUUCUGAGGGGCUGUCAGAGGUACGAUGGCGGCUUCGGUGCCAGUGGGACGCAGGAAGCGCAUGCGGGCAUGACGUACUGCUGCGUCGCUGCGCUCCACCUUCUAUCGCCCGUCGAGCACGGUGCCACAUGGCCAAGCGACCAGGCAGUUGCGUGGUUGGCGCAUCGUCAAGUCAAUGCGACCCCCGCCGCAUGCGAGAAGCACGAAGUUCAAGCAGGGAGCGAGUCUGAUGACGACGAGGUGGAUCUGGUGGGCGGCUUCCAGGGCCGGCCGAGCAAGCUUCCGCCGGACGUGUGCUACUCGUUCUGGAACGGCGCUGCGCUGUCGUUGCUUUCGGCGCACGAGCUUGUCGACGCCCCCGCCGACGCUGGAUAUGUGCUGUCAGCCCAGAGCCGUGUGGGUGGUGUUUCAAAAAUCCCAGGCGACCACCCAGACCUGCUGCACACUUACCUCGGGCUCGCCUCGCUCUCGCUCCACCAGCACGGCCAAGGCGGCGACGACACGGACGAGCACCGGCUCGACUUUGGGCUCGCGCCGCUCGAUGCCGCGCUCAACUGCACACUCGCGGCCAAGCAGUGGAUCGAUACGCAUCUGAACAGGAGCAAGACGUAA